ACCUUCUGUCCUGUCUUGAAGAAUCACUCGAAGUCCCCUUCUGAAGGGAGGCUGCCUUCUGCCCCGAGGAGUGAAGGACUGGAUAGCAGAGGCCACGCUCCUCCUUUCUCUGGGUGAGGCUGCGAGGGAGAGUGUCUGGGUCUGAUUCACGGCUUCUUGGCCCUGUCUGUCUAGGCUCUCAGCCCCAGACCAUGGCCCCCUGGCUCUCCCCGCUUCUGGCCCUUGGGCUCUGCCUGGGCCAGGAGAUCCUCGCAGUGGAGGGGCUCCUGCCUGCACCCUCCAUCUCUGUAGAACCAGGCCGUGUGACACUCAGAGGGAGCACUGUGACCAUCGUCUGCCGAGCCCAGUGGGGCUUUGAGAGCUUCCGCCUGGAGAAGUGUUCUUCAUGGAGUAGUUGUACCGGAAUUCAGGAAGUGGCAAACGCUGCAACUUCCAACAGUGUGGCCAAGUUCUACCUCACCUUGAUGAAUACUGGGUGUUAUGCCUGCAUCUAUCAAAAGUGGUCCACUUGGUCUUCACGCAGUGAGAUCCUGGAGCUGGUGGUGACCAGUAUGAAUGUCACCCAGAACUCCACGCCUCCAAUCUCAACUGUACCCUCAGGGCUCUGCCUGGGCCAGGAGAUCUUCACAGCGGAGGGGCCCCUGCCUGCACCCUCCAUCACGGCAGAGCUGGGCUCUAUGACAAGUGGAGGGAGGAUUGUGACCAUCGUGUGCCGAGCCCAAGGGAGCAUUGAGCGAUUCCGCCUGGAGAAGUGUUCUGCUGAUGGUUGUUCGGCAAUUAUGGAUCACAUGUCCACUUUACUUUUUGAGACUGAGGCCAGAUUCCUCCUCACCUUGACAAAUGCUGGGCAGUACAGCUGCAUGUACCAGAACUCAUCCAUGUGGUCUUCACGCAGUGAGAUCCUGGAGCUGGCAGUGACCGGUGGGGAUGUCACCCAGACAGUGCAGUCCCCAACCUCCACUUUGCCUUCAGAUUUGUCCCCAGCCUCACAGCCUCAGGAUUACAUGGUGGAGAAUCUCGUCCGGAUGGGCCUGGCUGGCCUGAUCCUGGUGGCCCUCGGGAUUCUGCUCCUCCAGACCCAGUGCAGUCAGAGAAGGACCCAAGAGGCAGCCAGGCCAUGAACAGCAGACAGGACUCAUGGAGCCCUCAGAGAGGCAGAGCCUUGGAACCAAGAGACACGUGUGUGCUGAGCCCAGAACUUUCUGGUGCACAACCUAAGAUCUCAAUGUUCAAAAUGUGCAAAGAGCUAUUGUGGUCACCAGAUGAAGAAUCCUCUGGCAUUGGGAGAAUGCCAUUUUCCACAGAGCUAUGGGACUUCCCCUCACCUUGCCGUGGGCUCUGCUGCCUGCCCCUCCGCUCUUCUCACCCUCAGGAUGGGAAGUUGUGCCCCAAAGACCUAGGAUUUGGUUCAUGUAAUGGAACAAAUAAACAAACAUUGGAUUUUGUCAUGAAAGCACAAAGGGCAAAAUGAUGCCCUCACAGAAAGUGAGAAGGCCUGAAACCAUGUUUAUGCUGUGCUCCGGUAAGGCUCCUGCAGGAAGAGAACAGCUUGGACCUGAGCACCAUUUAGUGUGAAGCAGCAGCGUGGGGGUGGGCCCCGCUGGCUGGCUCUGAGGAGUGGCAGCGUGGUACAAAGUCCUCCUCUGCAGCCCUUCCUGAGUGCUGUGUGUGUUCUUCUCAGGACCAGAUUCAAAUUCACAAGUGAAGUUACUUGUGCUAU